AUGGCCGAAAAAGAAGAGUUGACUCGAAAGAAAAGAUGUCGAAACGGACAUAGAACCUCAGCGAAACGAAUUAUGGCGUCUAUAGGCGAAACUCUUAUGAGUGUGGCGGAGAAAUCGCAGUUAACUCCGCAUAUUGCGAAGUUAAAACAACAAAAGUCAACACUCGAAGCGAAGUUGAAAUCACUCCGAGAGCAAGAUGAAGCUAUUUUGGCGCUGGUAAGUGUAGAGGACAUAGAGUUAGAGAUUGAGCAAGGGGAUAUUUCACGAGAGAAAAUCGAGUCUGUUAUUAUUGAAGUACAAAUGGCUUUAGAUGAAUAUGAGAAAUCAAGUACUACACAAUUGAAUACUGAAAACAAUGUCAUAACCCCAGUUACCCCUACGCAACCCACUACAUCCAUAACAGGGAAUAAUUCAGAAACUGCCAGUAACCAUGGUGACAACAGUAUACAAGCUGACCCUUCAAAUUUCAUGAAUAAUUACACCAAAAUACCCACAGUAAAGUUGCCAAAGUUAAAUCUUAGGGCAUUUCGGGGAGAUCCCACAUCUUGGGCGACAUUCUGGGAUACUUUUGAGUCGUCAAUUCACAACAAUCCCACACUAUCAAGUAUUGAUAAAUUUAAUUACCUCUCGUCACUUGUGGAAGGAACAGCAGCAGAUGCAAUUGCAGGAUUAACCUUAACCACUCUAAAUUAUGAAGAAGCCAUCAAAAUAUUGAAGAAGCGGUUUGGUAACAAACAGCUUGCAAUCAAUAAACACAUGGAUAUUCUGUUAAAUCUAGAGCCAGUUACUUCUCCACAUAACUUAAAGGGACUGAGAACACUUUAUGACACUGUAGAAUCUCAUAUCAGAGCUUUGAAAUCACUUGGGGUACAGGCAGAAACAUAUGGCAAUCUAUUAUGCUCAAUGUUACUCAAUAAGUUACCUCAGGAAUUGUGCAUAAUAGUGAGUCGAGAAGUACAAGGAGAUGUUUGGGAAUUGGGACACUUGCUUGAGUUGAUUGAGAAGGAGCUAGAGGCCCGAGAAAGAGCAACUGCAAAUACCAACAGGGAGACUUGGCCCCAUUACCAAACAAAGAAAUUUUCCAAACCACAACCCUCAAUUUCAACCUUGCAGACAGGGGGUACAUCACCGACAUGCACCUACUGUCAGCAGUCACAUACCUCAAAUAGUUGCACCAAUGUCUCUAACAUCACAGCACGAAUUGACAUUAUAAAGCGAAGUGGACGGUGUUUUCUCUGCUUGAGAAAAAAUCAUUUAAGUCGUGAUUGCAACUCUAAGUCAAGAUGUCAUAAAUGCAAUGGUAAACACCACAUAAGUAUAUGCACCAAGAAUAGCAGUCAUAACCAUGCCCAGAAGACCCCAUCCGAUACAGAGCUUAAGCAACAACAGCAUGAACAAACCUCUGAGAGCAAAAUCUCAAGCAACAAACCCAGUAGAUCAAAUCAAUCAGGGAAUAGUGGCACAAAAUCAUUGUUUACAAGUACCAAGACCCCAAUACUUCUUCAAACUGCAAAGGCAACAAUCCUUCCUGUGAGUAGAAAUGGUAAGAGUGGGAACGUGAGAGUUAUCCUAGAUGGCGGAAGCCAGAGGUCCUACAUCACCAGUCGGACACAAGAUUUACUAAGCCUACCCACUGAGCGAACUGAAACAAUGUCAAUAAAAACUUUCGGUUCUGGAGAAGAAAAUCUAACCACCUGUGAUUCAGUCAAUUUUAUUCUAGAAAGUCACACUGAUAAGGUACAGUUGUCCUUGUCAGCCUUUGUUGUACCCACCAUAUGUGAACCACUGCAAUACCAACUUGUCUCACAAUCCCGCCACAAUUACCCUCACUUACAUGACCUAGUAUUAGCUGAUGAUUCAAUGGGAGAACUUGACUCGGAAGUGGACAUACUUAUCGGUUGUGAUCAGUAUUGGGACAUAGUGACAGGAGAGAUUCGAAAGGGAACAAAUGGUCCGACAGCUAUCAACACCAACCUUGGAUGGGUCCUGUCCGGACCAGUCGAGAACCAUUCACAACAGAGAUUGGAAGCAUCUGUAAACAUGUCAUCCACUCAUGUUUUGCAGCUUGAAACCCCACCAUCCCAACCAAUGCACCACGAAGAUGACCAACAACUGAGACGAUUCUGGGAUUUGGAGUCACUCGGUAUAUCAAAGGAAGAGAAGUCGGUUGUUGAAGAAUUCACAAGUACCAUAGGUUUCAAGGCGGGAAGAUAUCACGUUGAGUUGCCAUGGAAAGAGCACCAUCCUUUACUGCCUGACAACUAUGAAAUGAGUCGUAAACGACUGUGGAGUUUACUCGAGCGCUUGAAACGUGAUCCCGAAGUCUUAAAGGAGUAUGAUGCAGUAAUAAAGGAUCAACUUACCAAGGGCGUUGUCGAGAUUGUUGAGAAAGAAGAUAUUGGAGAGCUCGGAAAAGUUCACUAUAUUCCUCAUCACGCUGUGAUCAGGCGAGAUAAAGAGACAACCAAGCUAAGAAUUGUGUAUGAUGCAUCCGCCAAAACAUCUGGUCCGUCCUUGAAUGAAUGCCUCUAUACUGGGCCCGCAAUGACCCAUAACAUCAUGGACAUUAUUCUUCGUUUUCGAAGCCACAAAGUAGCACUAGCGGGUGAUAUAGAGAAGGCUUUCUUGAUGAUAGCAGUUUCAGAAGCUGAUCGUAAUGUUCUACGGUUUCUUUGGUUCGAUGAUGUUUGGAGUGACCAACCUAAGAUUAUUGUCUUGAGAUUUACGCGUGUAGUAUUCGGAGUAUCAUCCAGCCCGUUCUUACUGAAUGCGACUAUCAGUCACCAUAUCGAACAGUACCGCGCUCAAGAUCCUGCCUUUGUCGAAGCCUUCAUGCGAGCUGUUUAUGUAGAUGAUCUAAACUCGGGUGGGGAUGAUGACAAAUCUGCCUACACUCUUUACAAGAAAUCAAAGCUUAGAUUGGCAGAAGGUGGAUUUAACCUUCGGAAGUUUGUUACCAACUCGCCCGAACUGUUGACGAAGAUCAAAAGUGAAGAGAACCCUCUUCCUAGAACUAAUUUGAAGCCUAACCCUCAAGUGGACGAACCGCCAAACGAUUGCGUAAAUGAAGAUGAAACGUACUCGAAGAUUACGCUAGGAACAUCCAAUGAAUCCUCUAAUGAAGAGCACAAGGUUCUCGGGGUAGCGUGGAAUUUUGUUGAAGAUGAUCUUGUGUUUGAUCUUAGUCAUGUGACCGAAUUGGCAUCCGAGUGUUCCCCAACAAAGCGAAAUAUCGUCCGUCUUUCUGCAAAGUUCUAUGAUCCGAUUGGCUUCAUGUCGCCAAUAACAGUUCAAUUCAAGAUGUUAUUCCAAGAACUGUGCGGAGAAAAGUUGAAUUGGGACGAUGAAGUACCCCAUGAUCUUAAAGUAAAAUGGGACAAUCUAGUUAAUGAACUAAAACAAAUGAAUCGCAUUCGGCUUUCUCGAUGCUAUUUUCGAGAGGUCGACGACCCAGUUAUCUCCUGCAUUGUCCAUGGAUUUGGUGAUGCCUCGAAGGCGGCGUACGCCGCAGUAACCUACCUGGUCAUGAUUACCACAAUUGGCAUCAGAGUAAAGUUCUUAGCAGCGAAGACACGAGUCGCACCAAUCGAGAGACAAACAAUUCCGAGACUAGAACUUCUAUCAUGUUUGAUCCUUGCAAGGUUAGUGAAGAAUGUUCAAACGGCAUUACGAGAUGAAAUUAAGUUGGAUGAUCCAGUCUGUUGGAGCGAUUCGAAAGUGGCACUUUUCUGGAUCACAAAUGGCAAUAAGGAGUGGAAACAAUUCGUUGAAAAUAGAGUGAGUGAAAUCCGGAGCCUCUUACCCACAGCCACCUGGCGUCAUUGUCCCGGUCGAGAUAAUCCUGCCGAUAUUCCAUCCAGAGGAAUAAAACCGACGGAGCUUACAAGCAAUGAGCUGUGGAGCUGUGGCCCUGAGUGGCUAACCGAUGUUGAAACACACUCUUGUCAAGAUGAGAAGGAAAUUACGCCUCCGAAGGAAUGUCUCGUUGAAGUUCGAUCCACCAAGUCGAGAACUGUUAACCUAAUUGUGAACACCACACCCCAAACCCUUAGCAAUAUCAUCAAUAUCGAGAACUUUGGAACCCUCGACAGACUGGUGCGAGUGACGGCUUAUGUCUUACGUUUUGUGAAGAUAUUGAAG